CCCGCCUCUUGUCUGGUCUAAUUAAAACUAUGACCCUUUUGUUUAGUUAGCGUGUGAUUCUGAGCAUUUGCGUAUCUUUUUGGCAUAAAUUAAAACCUGAAACUUGUUGGGCUGAACGCCAAACAAGACCACUUUACGUUCUUCGAUCCACACCGAAUGCGAAUCAGAAUUUAAAUAAGCAAAUGUCUCUCUUUUAUUCUCCAAAUCCCAACGCAUCUCUCUUACUGAAUCCUUCCUCCAUUUCCGUUCCUACGCCAACCAAGCCUCAUUUCGCAUCACCACCUCAACUGUCGCAUCAUCACCUUCUUUAUUCUUCUCCGAUUAGCAAUCGUUCCUCUUUAGUUCUUCGCUUCUCUUCUCUCUCAGAUAUGGAUUCCACAUCAGGCCAGAGUCUGUACCCUUUGCACCGUACUAAAACUAUUCACCUGGUGAGGCAUGCUCAAGGGAUUCACAAUGUAGAAGGAGAAAAAGACUACAAUGCAUAUUUAUCUGAAGAACUCUUUGAUGCUUGCCUUACCCCUCUCGGUUGGCAGCAGGUUGAUAAUCUGCGCAAGCACGUUCAAGAACGUGGGCUUAAUAAGAAAAUUGAGUUGGUCAUUACUUCCCCUUUGUUAAGGACCAUGCAAACAGCAGUUGGUGUUUUUGGUGGUGAAGGGUACACUGAUGGCAUAGAGGCCCCUCCAUUGAUGGUGGCAAAUGCUGGGGAAAGUAACCGUCCUGCAAUUUCAAGUUUAAAUUGUCCUCCAUUUGUAGCAGUCGAGCUUUGUCGGGAACAUUUGGGAGUUCAUCCAUGUGACAGGAGAAGAAGUAUUAACGAGUAUAGGCCUCUAUUUCCUGCUAUUGAUUUUUCACUGAUUGAAAAUGAUGCUGACAUUUUGUGGACGGCUGAUGUCAGAGAAGAGAAUCAAGAUGUUGCAGCCAGGGGGCAGAAGUUUUUGAGCUGGUUAUGGACUCGGAAAGAGAAGGAGAUAGCAGUUGUUACACACAGUGGAUUCUUAUAUCAUACAUUAAGUGCUUUUGGGAAUGAUUGUCACCCAUCUGUGAAGUGUGAAAUAUGUACACACUUCAAUAACUGUGAGCUCCGGUCGGUGGUUGUUAUUGAUAGAAGUAUGAUGGGUUCAGAUCCUGCAACAACUAACUAUCCUGGAAAAAUUCCUGCUGGUCUUGAUCUUCCAAGCGAUGUUGCACAGGAGAAGCAUCCAGAGAUGGGAGUGUCCAAUUAAUCAUUUACUACUGAUUUCAAUACUCCAUCAAAUGUUCAUUCAUAAAUGAUUUACUAUGAACUACUUCAAUACCAAUAGAAGGGCUUGGCCAUUCAUAUUUUGUGAACUCACUGGCUCUGUUAGGAAUUUAAGAUUCAUUUCGUUGAUGUAGACAGUUAUUAUGUGUACCCAACGAAGAUUGAAGGCCAUUGUCCCUGAGAUCUUCCGUAAUCUGGCUAUUGUGAUGAUGACUGUGAUUACAAUCGAGCCAAUGAUUCAUUUGGUUA